GCACUGCGCCCAGGAAGAAUGCCAUUGCUCAGGCACAGACAAAUGGCACAAACAAGCUUUGCUGCUAUGUCUGAAAGACCCAGGCACUAUCCAAAUGCUGGAAGAGAAUUUUAUCAACCCUUUGUUGCUGACAGGGCUCUUGCUUCAUGUUACUUCCGAAGACCAUUUGCUGCUGGAUUUGCAGGUACAGUGUGAGACUGAACAUCUGGCCACCCGCAGAAUGGAAAUUAAUAUAGUACUGGUGUGAAGGAGAAUGCAAACAAUACAAUAAAUGGAGCCAGUGGAGAAAACUGGAUGAAAGAAAAAUGUGAAGGCAGCACUUGCAAAGCAGCAGUGCAGCUUUUAACUGGAAAGAAGAGCUGCAUGGAAGGCCCCUGGAAUAGUUUCCCUUCCAGGCUGCUAUCACAGAUUUGCCACCAAGAAGGUAUCAGAACUGAUUGAAGAACUUGACAGGAAUGCGAGAAGUUCCAUCAGCGCAUGGAAUAUGGAACCCCAAACUUCUUCUUAUGUAUUUGGCUCCUUUGUUCACAAGUGUUAAUGAGAGCCUAAAGGUCCAACACUGACCAGGUGUGCGAUUAGCAAUGUCGGGACAUACAGCAUUAGUCUCAGAGCAGAACAACAACAGCAACCAGGAAAACAAAACUUCAAAUAUGCGAGUCUCAGAAAAAAAGUGCUCAUGGGCUUCCUAUAUGACCAACUCCCCUACUUUGAUUGUAAUGAUUGGCCUUCCUGCCCGGGGCAAGACUUAUAUGUCCAAGAAAUUAACACGCUAUCUCAACUGGAUUGGUGUGCCUACGAAAGUGUUUAAUCUAGGAGUAUAUCGUCGUGAAGCAGUGCAGUCGUACAAGUCCUAUGAUUUUUUCAGGCAUGAUAACAAAGAAGCUAUGAAGAUUCGGAAACAGUGUGCCUUGGUGGCUCUGGAAGAUGUGAAAGCUUAUGUCACAGAGGAUGGCGGGCAGAUAGCUGUGUUCGAUGCAACCAACACGACUCGAGAGAGGAGGGACUUGAUCUUAAAUUUUGCUAAGGAGAAUGCUUAUAAGGUGUUUUUUGUGGAGUCUGUCUGUGAUGAUCCAGAAGUCAUUGCUGCCAAUAUCCUGGAAGUGAAGGUCUCCAGCCCUGACUACCCAGAGAGAAAUCGAGAGUGUGUGAUGGAUGAUUUCCUGAAGAGGAUAGAGUGCUAUAAAGUCACAUAUCAGCCCCUUGAUCCAGAUAAUUAUGACCAAGAUCUUUCCUUCAUUAAAGUGAUCAAUGUGGGACAGCGGUUCCUGGUAAACCGUGUCCGGGAUUACAUCCAGAGUAAAAUCGUCUAUUACCUAAUGAACAUUCAUGUCCAGCCGCGCACCAUCUACCUUUGCCGGCAUGGCGAGAGUGAGUUUAAUCUUGUUGGCAAGAUUGGUGGGGAUUCUGGCCUGUCGCCACGUGGGAAGCAGUUCGCGCAAGCCCUUAAAAAAUUCAUUGCUGAGCAGGAGAUUGUGGAUUUGAAGGUUUGGACGAGCCAGCUGAAGAGGACCAUCCAGACAGCUGAGUUCUUAGGGGUCCCCUACGAGCAGUGGAAGAUUCUGAAUGAGCUCGAUGCUGGAGUGUGUGAAGAGAUGACAUAUGAAGAGAUUGAAACUCAGUACCCAGAUGAGUUUGCUCUGAGGGAUCAAGAGAAAUAUCUUUAUCGUUAUCCUGGAGGAGAGUCGUACCAAGACUUGGUCCAGCGUUUGGAGGCUGUGAUUAUGGAGCUGGAGCGUCAGGGCAGUGUUCUGGUUAUUGCUCACCAGGCUGUUAUGCGGUGCCUGUUGGCCUACUUCCUUGACAAGAGCGCAGACGAGUUGCCAUAUCUGAAGUGCCCCCUUCACACCAUAUUCAAGCUCACACCAGUUGCUUACGGGUGUAAAGUGGAAACAAUUACCUUGAAUGUUGAAGCAGUGAAUACCCAUCGAGACAAGCCUUCUGGGAGUACUAACAACCUUCCAAAGAGCCAAACCCCUGUAAGGAUGAGAAGAAACAGCUUUACGCCUCUGGCCAGUUCGGACACAAUAAAGCGCACACGAAAUUACAGUGUUGGGAGCAGGCCUCUCAACCCAGUGGGAUCUCCGCUAUUCCCAGAGACUCGAGAUGGGGCUGAUAAGCAGAAGCUACAACUUCAAAUGGGAAGUGCUUGCUUGUGAGUAUCACUGAGCAUAGCUUGUAUGCAUUCUCUCUGGGCUUGUUUAGUAAGUAGCAAUUCUUUUAAUUAUAAUUGCAUGGCAAUCAUUGUGGAGAGAGCGGGGGAACAGUGAAUGCUUGGGGCAGAAGGAAAUCAUUUGUCACAUAAUAAUCCAGCAAAUCAAAGAAGGGCCAUCGUUGGUGGAGAAUCUAUUUAUCAUAGGUGAAAUUCAUCAUCUGCAGAGGCAGGUGCGAGGGUUGAAAUGGAAUAUAAUGGUGCAUAGACUUCAUGCUGGCCAUUUGCAGAGGGGUGAAUUUCACCCCAGAUCAGCAAGAUUACUGGGAUAGAUGAAUGGUGUAUCAGGCCCCAAAUAUGUUCUGGGUGUAAUUCUGUAGAAAUCAUUCUGUGGAAUUAUACCAGGCAAGAUUUUGGCCCUAGGUGUCUGUUUACAGCACAGGAUGCUAGUAGCUGUAGUUUUGUUGUUGAUCCAUGCUAGGAAUUCCUUACGGAGAUGAAUAAAGGGUGAGUUAUGCACAGAGGUGGAUGGCAUGAUGCAACCCUAGUCUGCAGGACUUCAGAACCAUUUACAUGAAGACUUCAAUAAAUUGAAGGAGGGAAAGUUCUGCCAGAGUCUAGUAGCCUGAGCCAGGAACUUCUUGAGCUUUAAUUCCUGCUGGGACACCAACUCUCUGAGGGCUUGGGCACGUGUCUUACCUUGUCUGCCUUAGUUCCCCCUAUGUGAUAGGCAAGUAUUAUCUCACAGGGUUUUUGUGAUGGUUAUUUAAUUAUAGCCUAGUCCCAAAUGCUGCUGAAAACCCUCAACAUCCAUUGACUUCAAGUGGGGGUUGAAUUAAUUUCCCACCUUACAGGAGCAACUUGGUCCCUCACAGGAUUGUGAACUUUGUAAAGUGCUUAGACAGUGAAGAGUGCUGUGUUAGUGUUAAGUAUAAUUAUUAAUCUUCACUAACUAUCAGAUCCCAUAAUCCUACUGGAGGGGUGAAUUGGAUGGGGCUGAAGGAUACUGUAGCAUCUCUUUCUUACAUCCAGUGAGAGAGGACAUAAAUAGUCUAUUAUCCCUUCUCUCCAGGGAGUCAGCAAACAACAUCACCUGUGAGUCCUUGGUUUCUAUCUCAGCCACCAAGUGAGGCUGUCGAGUGAGAGGAAUUUAGUGUCACACUGUACAGAAUGGCCAGGAAAUUACCCGUGCUUCCCUUUGUGCCUGUGUUGCUCAGAUCCAACCUUGCUGACCACGAGUCCCUUUCUUGUCCCUGCUUUAAAUGCCUGAGUGAAUGUCACUGCAAAUGUUAAUACAAAUAUCUCUUGAUGUACUUGCUGUUUCAGUUUACGCCUUGCCUGUGAAAUUGACUUCUAUAACUUUGACGUUGCAUUUUAUUUACCUUAUUUGUGAAACGGAUUGUGCAAUGUGAGAUUUGUUUUUAUUUAAUUUAGUUGUGGUUCUUAGUAGGUGUCUCUUUGGGUUUUGUACAUGUGUGUUUAAUGUUAUCACAGCAUUUUUGCUUUCUCCUCUGGGGAGUGAUAUCAUUUUCUCCUAUGCAUUUGUCGUAACUCCAUUUAAAUGCCCAGUUGCAACCAUUUGGCAUGAAAUCUCUUUCUUUCUCCAGUGAUUUUUGACUGUGCCUGGAACGCAGUUCUAUACUCAACAAUGUUACUGUUGCUAUAUUGAAUAAGUGACUUUGCUUUAAAGGAAUAUUCUCAAAGAAGCUGAAAAAUGUUUGCAUUAGAACAAGGCUUUCAAAAACUGUCUCUCCUUGGUGACCACCUUGGCAGCCAGAGGAAUGUUUUAGAAUUGGGUUCUGGGAGUCUAAAGUUAUGGGUUCCAUUCCAUGGGUUCCAUAUUGACUAAUUUUAUGGCAUUGACCAAGUCACUUAAUCUCCCUGUACCUUGGUUUCCCAUCUGGGGAUAGUACCCAUGUUUCUAAAGCGCUUUGAGAUCAUCUGAUGAAAGGUGCUAUGUAAGUGCCAAAUAUCAUUGUCGUGGACUUGAGGGGAGCUCAUUUUAACUAUUGAUUUUAAAUUAGAAAACUGAUCUUGAAACAGCUUUUUAAAAACUGUGGUUUCCAAGACUUUCUAAUGGGGAUCGUCUCAAUCUGGUGUUGCAUGUCAAACUGUUAAGAUGACCGUGAUGGUCAGUUAUUCUUUUUUUAACUUUGUUAAAACACGUCAGGUUUUUUUUUUUCAUUUCAUGGAUCCAGUGGCCAGGAACUACCCCAUGCAGAGGGAAGCGCAGACUACACUCUUCCAGACUAUUCCUCUUGGGUGUUCAGUCAUUACAUGGACCUAAUGCAUUCCCUCCCACACACCCAAGACAGAAUUUAACCCUAUAGAAAUUUGUUUGCAAUUCAUCAGAGUUGCAAAGACUUCUUGAUACUGACAACAUUAUGCUCUGAGGAACAGAUAUUCUGUGGCCAUCUCCAUUUUAUAGGCAAUGCACUUGUCUUUCAGUUUCACUGGUAGAAAAAAAAAUGGGAGGGAGAAAUGCAUUUUUUCCCUGUGACACUGAAGUUAGAUGCCUUAUCCUAUUUGACAGCUUCAUUUUCGAGCUAUAUUGAAACUGCUUUUUUUAAUUGUCAUUUGCUGAGCUGCCUUAACUUACAGUUUCCACUUAUGAAUCGUAUGCCAAUUCUCUCUUUAUGUAGAACUGUGUUCUGCAGAUGGAAAGGAAAAUGAUUGCUGGUUCAAUUAUUUUCCAGACAUCUAACACACAUAGUAAGAAUGGAAAAUUAGGGUUUCAUAAAAGAGACUCCAUUCAUAUUUCAUUCUCAAAGAUAGUACCAAAAAAAGGAAUGCUACAGCCAGACAUGGGUCUUGCUGUUUUCAGAUGUCACUUAAACACCUCUUUCAAGUGGGGAGGGCUGUACUUUGUGUUGAAUCAAGACAAGCACAAUUUCCGAUCAGAAUUGAACAACUUCCAUUGAAUGUCUACAGUCAUUGUGAACAUGCAUCUACAGGCACAAUCAGAACUUGUAGUUACCACACAGUGAUCUAUCCAGGAGCUGCUUGUAACUCAUCUGCUAACGAAAGGAUUUUAAAUUUAAUUGCACUUUGUAACGAGAGUGAAUCUCUGCAGCACUUUUACUGUGAUUACGUAGCCUCCCUGUUCGUAACCAGCAUUUUAUAGGCAUACAUUCCUUAGGAUAAAUGACUAUGUUAUGGAUUUCAGGAUAACGUGCCUUGUUUUGUCAUUUAUUCUCUCUAUCUUAACAUAGAUUUUAAAUAACAGGUACAGAAAAGUUUUAUUUAAAUGAUAAAGUGAUGUUAUGACUGUUUUACUCAAGCUGCAAUAACGCACGAAAUGUCAAUGGAUGUUGCUAGAUACUGAGUGAAUGUUUUGGGUAUUAUCAGCAAAGGUGUUAUGCAGAAAUGGCACCUUCUCAGUUCGCUCUGUGUGUGUCUCUGUCUCUGUGUCUCAUCUGGGGACUUUACUGACACAAACAUAUACGCAUGGGAGAGCAAGAUGGAUUUUAUUCUCCUCCCCCCUAACCUUCGCUGUGGGGCUGAUCCUGUUCCCAGUAAAGUAGGUGAGAGUUUUGCCUUGACACGUCCACAGGAGCAAGCCCCAGUAGAAUGGUCAGGCUAAGGUCCAGUUGCAGAGUCUGUUUUGCUGGGAAUGAAGUGAGACAGCAGGGUGCCAGCUAGGUCUCCAGGUGGGAGCUUGUGUCACUGGCAACUAGGUAAAUUGUCAUUUUCACUUGUAAAUUGAGCAAAUAAGAUUUCUGAUCAACAAGAGUGAAAUUCACCACUGGACUGAGGAACAAGGCCUGCGUGCUGCUUAUGCCUGGCCUCUGUGCCGGUACUUUGCACAGAAAUUAAUUGUACCCUGAAGAAAUAAACCUGCAGCCCUCCCCCGCCCCCAAAUGCCAUUUUAACAAUGUUAUUUUCUAGCCAUAAUUGCACUUUAAGCUUGAGUCUCUAUAUGAAGAAGCUGGUGGAGGGGGUGUGUGUGCAAACAAACUGAUGGAACUUAGUCCAGCACUUUGUGGAAUUUAGUCUACAACAUCCUUUCCCCCCCCCCCAAUGGUUUUGUUUUGCAUUAAAACUUGGUGUGAAUGUGUUGCUAUAGACAUGUUCGUUAUAGAAUACUAGCAUCUUAUGCUGGCAUUGGUUUGUUAUAAAAAGUUGCUUGUGUUUUCUGUUUGUGAUUGCUUGGGGUGGGAGAAGUUUUAUUUUUAAUCAAAUAUGACUUGUUUGUAAAUCACACAUGGAAAAAUGUCAUGUCUGAUUUUCUGAAUGUUUUUAAAAGAGUAAAUGUGUUUUGGUGAUUUUUGUCAUUGAGUCAAUGACUUAGUUCGUGUCUCUUUACUGCUAAGCACUGAUGACUAUACCAUAAAUAAAACGGCACAGACUGAUUUACAAGAUUGGGCCACAAUCUUCAGAAGUGCCCCUUACGUCUGAAGGGAAGUGCUCAGCAAUUUCUGCAAUUCAGGCCCCUUUAAGGUGACUCAUGUUGGGCACCUAAAUACAUUAGUCACUUUUGAAAAUCUUGGCCUUUGUAUUUUAGUUUAUAUAACUGCGUGUCUGUAAAGUUACCUGCUAGUCUUGCUCACAUGAAUGCAUUCUCUUUAUAAAAUGCAUCAGAACGUCAUUAGUACAUUUCCUGUAUGGAAGGAGCAUAGUUGUAAAACCAGCAAAGUGUUUCACGUGGUUGAUUUUUUUUUUUUUGCAAAUAUGGGCCUGCAAAAUAGAUAUUGUAAUGUUGUUUCUGAAUAUUUGUGUUGUAAACUUUCUUGUGGAUCAGAUAAAUAAAAUGAAGUAACUUUGAA